CGAGCAGGAAUCAGCUGAUUUAGUAGCUUCUUCCAUCCCUGGUUUUGAUUGCUUCAGGACAAGCAGAGGACUAGAAGAGAGAGUGAUAGUUCGUGAGAGAGGACGAGAAAAAGACAGUUUAUUUCUUUGAAGAGAGUGGAAGGACACCGAUCAAUAACUCAGGAUGUGCAUGGACAAAUCGGCCGUGCCUGCGAAGAAGAUCUGGCUCGCAAUCGCCGGCCGCGUCGGUAUCCGCCCAUCAGCUGGGCUGAGGAAUCUGAGGAAGGAGGUGAGGACGUGCGAGUACCGCGACGUGCACGUCAUGUGGGAGAUGCUCAGGGAGAUGGGCUCCCCUGCGGCGCCCCUGGAGGAGAAGGAGGCCGCCGCGGCCGCGGCUGUCGCGGCUGCCGCCGGCGCCAGGAAGAAGAAGACGGCGUGGAGGCGGUUGGCCUACUACUGCUGCGCGUUCUGAUGUCGAGGAACUGACGAACGAGGAAUUUGGACAUCUGGGACGGCGUCGUCAGAGUUUGAGCAGAGGCCAUGUGUAGAUAGAAACAGCAUUGGCCCUCUCACAGGUUCUGCAAAUAGGCAGACGCGGGAAAUAAGUGCAUAGGUGGAUCCUCAUGUUCCAUUGGAGAUCGUCGACAUGCGCAAACAUUGGAUGCAGAUGAUGAGGAUGUGAAUUCAGAGCGCGGUGAGGCCGAGGCGGCUCCUAAGCUUGAUCGAGACCUUGGUCUGGGCGGCGGCCAGCAUGUCCUAUGUUGGCGCGGCGAAGCAUCCAGCGUAUUCAACUCCCUCGUCAAUGUGGUGGAAACCCUAGGACUAGCUCGCUUGUCUAGGUAGCCGCAACAGCGCGAUGAUGUCGCACUCCUUGUAGAUGCUGCCAUGGUGUUUACUGUUGCGUGGUUCAUGAGAUGAGCUAGUGCGGUAAUGUCGGACUCCUAGGGCGUCAGUUUUAGAGGGCACAUUCUGGGUCGGAUGUUGUAUGCUUUCAUGGACCUAAUUUUCCCUUAUAAACUGAGUAAUUAGUCCUCUUUGAAAUGUAUUUU